AUGUUCAGAAAAACUUUCACAUGUCUGUUCACGAUUCAUUCACCACGUGGAGUGGAUUUUAUGCUGUCUUCCGACAAAGCCAUAAAACAUGUGCAUACAAAGUAUAGUAAGGGCUGGUUUGGAGCGCAGCUUGACUAUAUGUCAUUUGGUGAGCCCGCCAAAGAGUUUCUGCCGUUUUAUUUGUGCUCUGGAUGCGUUCGCGCUGCUUAUACAGGAACAGUCUCCUACAACGAAUCUGGAGGAAACCCAAACAACACGCGUAGCACCAGCUCAUCAAGAUACGUCGAAACCGCUCCGCAGACAUUGGAAAUGACCUUUCAGUGUGACCAAACACAGACUUACGCUGGAUACAAAUACAACAUCACAAAUAUACACUACACCCUCAAAAGUACGGUCAACUACACGCUAAUGAAAAAGAUGAACCAUAUAGACACCACAGGCGCCGAGAUUAAUCUUUUCGAGCAGUCAAUUGAGGUUAUGCGAAACUUUAUAUCGAGCAACGUCAAGGAACAAGCUACACGAACCGCCGAAUCCAUCAUUCGUUCCUUUCACCCUACUGCAAGCACGGUAUCUACUACGUUCUCGGACCUCGACAUAAAAAUUAAUGAGGUUUAUCCGUGUUUCGUGCCAUGUUUCACAGUUAAACUAAGCUACGGUGAAGAAGAAUAUAUAGUUUUCGUCUCUGGCAUCGACGGGAAAGUGAAAGGCCCACACCUGCUCAACUCAUUGUAUAUUGCCCGCACCACAGCACUGAUCAGUGUAGUAAUGAUAGUAAUUCAAGCAAGAAACAAAGUCCUUGGUAUAAUAUAUGGUAUGGUAACGGCAAUCAUGGUAUACUAUGCAAUCUUCUUUGCCACGAAGUGCUAUCCAUUCCUAUAUCGAAACUUUCAACAGUGGCAACAGGAACGGCUUCGGCAAAAAUAUGAUAUUGCUGACAAACAGGGCUACUGCCCAGGCCCUCACUCACGACGCUUUGAAACAGAUUAUUUCAACUCCUCCUACUGGGAUACACACGCAUAUCAGCAGCGCCCACGUAAUGCGGGAUUUUCACACCAACACCGCUCGACAUCCUUCUCUUCCACAACAGAUUACUGUGGUGGGGUUGAACAAUCCCAUAUUUGCGACUCAAAAGGCUACUAUAAGUGCCUGGGUCUGACGGGAAACGAAUCAGUGAAUGAAAUACGCUCUGCGCAUCGUAAAUUAGUCCUGAAACAGCAUCCCGACGUAGGCGGGUCUAUGGACGAAAUGGCAAAGGUUAAUGAGGCCUACCGCGUGUUACGGAACUCAAGCUUACGAGCGGCUUAUGAUAAGCUGUAGUCUGUGGGGUGAGGGGGCACAGGCUGAGGCAACGGGUUGUAUGAAGCUGCAUCACGCCCAUUGCGAUUGGGUAUUGGAUAAUUUCACUUUCUUAAUCAGAUUUGUACUCUGCGAAUGCAAUUGGCAUCCGUGUUUCUGCUAAAGCCCUUCGUUCCAAUGCAUGUGCACCCACCUGUGCUAAUGUCUCAUGGCUGCCCCACAAUAGAAAGAAGAAAGGCGGCCAAUUUGGUUCACCUUCUAUGUUUAGGUAGUAUCAGCCACAGGGAACGCCUUGAAAGCGUCUUCCACUUCUUGUAUGGUUCUAUUUUGUGUCAGCAAUGCGGAAUGCGGAAUUUAAUGGUUAUUCCUUUCUCUUUUUUCGCUUCGUACGGAUGGACCAACGGAUGAGGAAUUAUGUCCGCACCACGGUUUUUGGUUAUCCGGAGUCUAUCGAAUGGCCUCUGUGAGCUUGCCAAUUGUUGCACACUUUAUGCCUCCCCCUGCAACAUCACUCAUCUCAUUCACCACUCAUGGGGUCCUAUUUUCUUAAA